AUGUUUAGCUUUGUGGAUUCGAGGACUGUACUGCUACUUGUAGCAACCCAAGUCAUUCUAUUAGCCGUUGUCAAAUGUCAGGACGAAGACCCUGAAAAGCGCCGGAAGUUAACGUUGGCAGCUCGAGAUCAAUCAGGCCAUUCCAUUAGGCGUCAAGUGGAACGUGGAAGGAGAGGAACGUGGAAGGAGAGGAACAAAGUGGAAGGAGAGGAACGUGGAAGGAGAGGAACAACGUGGAAGGAGAGGAACAACGUGGAAGGAGAGGAACAACGUGGAAGGAGAGGAACAACGUGGAAGGAGAGGAACAACGUGGAAGGAGAGGAACGUGGAAGGAGAGGAACAACGUGGAAGGAGAGGAACGACGUGGAAGGAGAGGAACGUGGAAGGAAAGGAACAACGUGGAAGGAGCGGAACAACGUGGAAGGAGAGGAACGUGGAAGGAGAGGAACGUGGAAGGAGAGGAACAACGUGGAAGGAGAGGAACAACGUGGAAGGAGAGGAACAACGUGGAAGGAGAGGAACAACGUGGAAGGAGAGGAACGUGGAAGGAGAGGAACGUGGAAGGAAGUCAGAGGCCCACAAGGUUUCCAAGGCAACCACGGAGAGGCUGGAGAGCCCGGAUCAGCUGGCCCGUUGGGUCCCCGUGGUCCACCCGGACCCUCUGGUAAACCUGGAGAUGAUGGUGAGGCUGGCAAACCCGGCAAAGGUGGUGAACGUGGACCUUCUGGUCCUCAGGGAGCUCGUGGAUUCCCAGGAACUCCCGGUCUGCCUGGAAUCAAGGGGCACAGAGGUUAUCCAGGUCUUGAUGGACUCAAGGGAGAGGGUGGAGCAGCUGGUUCUAAGGGUGAGUCUGGUGCUCCCGGUGAGAAUGGCGCUCCUGGACCAAUGGGACCACGUGGUCUGCCCGGUGAGAGAGGUCGCCCCGGACCCUCUGGUUCUGCUGGUGCUCGUGGUAAUGACGGUCUGUCUGGCCCUGCUGGUCCUCCUGGCCCAGUUGGUCCUUCUGGUGCUCCAGGCUUCCCCGGCUCUCCAGGUUCUAAGGGAGAAGCUGGCCCCACCGGUGCUCGUGGACCUGAGGGCGCUCAGGGACCCCGUGGUGAGUCAGGAACCCCUGGAUCUCCCGGACCCGCCGGUGCAUCUGGUAACCCUGGUACUGAUGGUAUUGGAGGAUCUAAAGGAUCAGCUGGUGCACCUGGUAUCGCUGGCGCGCCUGGCUUCCCCGGGCCCCGUGGCCCUCCAGGACCCCAGGGAGCCACUGGACCUCUCGGACCAAAGGGAACAUCUGGUGACCCCGGUAUCCCAGGUUUCAAGGGUGAUGCUGGACCCAAGGGAGAGCUUGGACCGUCCGGUCCCCAAGGAGCACUUGGCCCUGCAGGAGAGGAAGGGAAGAGGGGACCCAGAGGAGAGCCCGGUGCUGCUGGACCUCUUGGGCCUCCCGGAGAGAGAGGCGCCCCCGGUAACCGUGGUUUCCCAGGUCAGGAUGGUCUGGCUGGUCCCAAGGGAGCCCCUGGCGAGCGUGGAGUCGGCGGCGUGUCUGGCCCUAAGGGAGCCGGCGGUGACCCUGGACGCCCUGGCGAGCCCGGUCUUCCUGGCGCAAGAGGUCUUACUGGUCGUCCUGGCGAUACUGGUCCUCAAGGCAAAGUUGGACCUGGUGGUGCUGCUGGUGAAGAUGGUCGCCCCGGACCCCCUGGCCCUAUGGGAGCCCGCGGUCAGCCUGGUGUGAUGGGAUUCCCCGGACCCAAAGGAGCCAACGGUGAGCCUGGGAAGGGAGGAGAAAAGGGACUACUUGGUGCCCCAGGUCUGAGGGGUCUUCCUGGAAAGGAUGGUGAGACCGGAGCUGCUGGCCCACCUGGACCUGCUGGCCCUGCUGGAGAAAGAGGAGAGCAAGGACAGCCUGGACCUUCUGGCUUCCAGGGUCUGCCCGGACCUCCCGGCCCACCUGGUGAGGGAGGCAAGCCCGGUGACAUGGGUGUUCCAGGAGAGGGUGGAGCUGCUGGUGUCACUGGACCCAGAGGUGAGCGUGGUUUCCCAGGAGAGAGAGGAGGUGCUGGGCCUCAGGGGCUACAGGGACCUCGUGGUCUGCCUGGAACUCCUGGAACUGACGGACCUAAGGGAGCGAUCGGACCAGGUGGUGCAUCGGGUGCCCAGGGACCCCCCGGUCUGCAGGGUAUGCCCGGAGAGAGAGGAGCCUCAGGCAUCCCCGGACCUAAGGGAGACAGAGGUGACAACGGAGAGAAGGGACCGGAGGGUGCUUCUGGCAAAGACGGCUCAAGAGGUUUGACUGGUCCCAUUGGUCCUCCCGGCCCAGGUGGUCCCAACGGAGAGAAGGGUGAAUCUGGUCCAUCUGGACCUUCCGGUGCUGCCGGUGCCCGUGGUGCUCCUGGAGACAGGGGUGAGACCGGACCUCCUGGGCCUGCUGGCUUCGCUGGGCCUCCUGGAUCUGAUGGUCAGUCCGGAGCCAAGGGAGAGCAGGGAGAGGGCGGCCAGAAGGGAGACGCUGGUGCUCCUGGACCCCAGGGACCCUCUGGAGCUCCUGGACCUUCCGGACCUACUGGCGUUUUUGGACCUAAAGGUGCUCGCGGUGCUCAGGGACCCCCUGGUGCCACUGGUUUCCCUGGCGCUGCCGGCAGAGUCGGACCCCCUGGUCCCAACGGUAACCCUGGUGCUGCUGGUCCCUCUGGCCCUGCUGGUAAAGAUGGUCCUAAGGGUGUGCGUGGAGACGGUGGACCCCCAGGCAGGCAGGGAGACGCUGGGCUGCGUGGAACCGCUGGAGCCCCUGGAGAGAAAGGAGAUGCUGGAGAGGAUGGUCCCUCUGGUCCCGAUGGUCCUUCAGGUCCUUCAGGUCUGGCUGGACAGCGUGGUAUUGUUGGUCUUCCAGGACAGCGUGGAGAGAGAGGUUUCCCUGGCUUGCCCGGACCCUCUGGAGAGCCUGGUAAACAAGGAGCUCCUGGUGGAAGCGGAGACCGUGGACCCCCUGGCCCAGUGGGACCCCCUGGACUGACUGGACCCGCUGGAGAGCCCGGUAGAGAGGGCAACGCUGGUUCUGAUGGACCACCUGGUAGAGAUGGAUCCACUGGAAUCAAGGGUGACCGUGGUAACACCGGUCCUGCUGGUGCUCCUGGCUCCCCAGGUGCUAAUGGUUCCCCCGGCCCUGUCGGCCCCACCGGCAAGCAAGGAGACAGGGGAGAGGCUGGAGCUCAAGGACCCGCUGGGCCUGCCGGGCCUGCUGGAGCCAGAGGGAUGGCUGGACCCCAAGGACCCCGUGGAGACAAGGGUGAGGCUGGAGAGGGUGGCGAGAGAGGACAGAAGGGACACAGAGGAUUCACUGGUCUGCAGGGUCUUCCCGGACCUCCCGGUCAAUCUGGAGAUCAGGGUGCCUCUGGACCUGCCGGACCAAGUGGAUCAAGAGGACCUCCCGGACCUGUUGGUCCCUCUGGAAAGGAUGGUUCCAACGGUAUGCCCGGCCCCAUCGGACCCCCCGGACCUCGUGGUCGCUCUGGAGAGACAGGCCCCUCUGGUCCACCUGGAAACUCUGGACCCCCUGGUCCCCCUGGUCCUCCCGGCCCUGGUAUCGACAUGUCUGCCUUCGCUGGUCUGUCUCAGCCUGAGAAGUCCCCCGAUCCUCUGAGGUACAUGAGGGCCGACCAGGCCUCCGGAAACCUGAGGACGCACGACGCCGAGGUGGACGCCACGCUCAAGUCCCUCAACAACCAGAUCGAGAACAUCCGGUCCCCCGAGGGCUCCAAGAAGAACCCUGCACGUACUUGCAGAGACCUGAAGCUGUGCCACCCUGACUGGAAGAGUGGAGAGUACUGGAUCGACCCUAACCAGGGCUGCACCAUAGACGCCAUCAAGGUCUACUGUAACAUGGAGACUGGAGAGUCCUGCGUCUACCCCAAGCCCGCCAGCAUCCCCAAGAAGAACUGGUGGUCCAGCAAGAGCAAGGCUGCCAAACACGUCUGGUUCGGAGAGACCAUGAACGGGGGAUUCCACUUCAGCUAUGGUGAUGCCAGUCUGGCAGCCAACACUGCCAGCAUCCAGAUGACCUUCCUGCGGCUGCUGUCCACCGAGGCUAGUCAGAACCUCACCUACCACUGCAAGAACAGCGUGGCCUACAUGGACGGGGCCACGGGCAACCUGAAGAAGGCCGUGCUGCUCCAGGGCUCCAACGACGUGGAGAUUAGAGCCGAGGGCAACAGCCGCUUUACGUACACCGUUAUGGAGGACGGCUGCACGAAACAUAAAGGAACGUGGGGAAAGACAGUGAUUGAGUACCGAUCCCAGAAGACCAGCCGGCUGCCCAUCGUGGACAUUGCUCCUGUAGAUAUUGGAGGAGCGGACCAGGAGUUUGGGGUUGACGUCGGCGCAGUUUGCUUCUUGUAAAGAAAGAGGGAUGAAAAGAAGGAGAAGUAGAGGGGAAAAACACAUCAAAUAUGAGAGAGAGAGGAACACACACUUCUAUCAAAAAAAGGAAGAAUGAAAGAAAGAAUAGAGAAAGAUCACGACACUUUUAUAUAAUUUUUUUGUUUUAAGUAAAAAAGUGCUUUUUCCAACUAAGUCCUGCACUGAAUGGCACCGGCAAUAUUCAUCUGGGAUUUCAUGGCCUUCCAGUCUCACUCCAUCAGACCCCCCCUCCCAUGGUGCCUCAGCCCUCCCUGCAUCCACCCUACCCCCCACCCUGGGAGCACCUCCCCACUAACAAGAAGGAUCGAGGAGAAGAGGAGAAAGAGGCAGCGUGCCAGACAAUGAGUUGGUGUUAUUUAUUUAUUGUUCAGGUGUGGGACCCAGGUGUGUUUGGACUGAGUGUGUUAACCUGUAAAAAGGCCCCCCGCGCACAACAACAUACAUAUUCUAUCAGUUCCCCCUUUUCUUGUUCCUCUUCCAUACCUCCACACCCUAAACAUUAUAUCAAAUCCAAACCAAAAAAUCUAGCAGUGUUCCUACUUCCAACCGUCGCCCCAGUGUGUAUCAGGAAGUUACUGUGUAUUAUAAUAAAGUCAAAUGGUGCUAUUGUUGUAAAACAAGUCUGUAUUCUUUAACAACCAGAUACUAAUGUAUUAGUAACAUGUUUAUAACGUGUGUACGUAUAUGUAUAUGUGUGUAUACAUAUAUAUACAUUUUUCAAAGAGUACAUUUCACGCUGAGAUCAUUUUUCAGAGUGGUAAAUGUUGCUCCUCCCCCCCGACCCAGCCCUGACCCUCCUCCAUGGCAACCCAAUGACACAUAAACCAUGUCCAUAAUACAUUUUGUAAGAGACAUGUUCAAUUCGGAAUCAAUCCCAGCUACCUCACACACAAAAAAUAAAGAAACAACAAAGCAAAGUUAAACCCUGUAUCCAAGUUUACAAAUCAAGCUUGGGCGAUCUUCUCUUUGGUGCAUUAGACCCCAUGUUGUGAGAAGCCCACCAGAAGUUGACUUUGACCGUUGACCUAUCCCACUCCACUUCCUCCACAUAAACCCCCCCGCUGUCCCCUCACACAGGAAGUACCUUCUGCCCUGGCAGGAAGUACCUCGGCCCUGGCCAUGCCCCUCUAGGAGCAGGAUACGCCCUCUAGGAACAGGACACGCCCCCUAGGAGCAGGGCACGCCCCCUAGGAACAGGAACGGGAUAGGGCUUUUAGACUUGAUAUCGAUACUGGACACUCCAACCCUCAUUUACACACAGAGGGUGUAACGCACCAUGACCAGGGCAGAGGGUGCAUUCGUUUGUGAGGGUGUGUAUAUCUAUUUUUUCUAUUAAUUAUAAUAGUAAUAUUGUUAAUAAUAACAUCAUUACUAUUAUUAUUAUUAUUAUUAAAUAUGAUGAUCAUGAUUUUGUUUUUGUUACGGUUUUGAUUCAUGUAAAUUGGAAAUAAAAGAAAAAAAACAAGUAACAGGCUGAAGUCGCUUUUUAUUUUUUUUAUUUUUGUUGUUUUUUGGUUGUUAUUCACCCCUCAAAAUGCUCCAGAGAAGAGUGUGUAGCGUAAAACAUAUCUGGGGAGAUUAUUUGUUUCUGUAACCUGAAAGUAUGAUUGAACUUUUUUGUUGUUGACGGUAUUAUAUUCCCAGAGAUAGAAGCCAUACCAAAUCUAGAUUCUGUGUCCUGUAUGGGCCUUUCCGUUGGUCUGUGUGUUUGAGCUAAAUGCAUAUUUGAGGGGUGGGAUGUAGUCAGAAGAGAGAGACCAUGGAGCACAAGUGGGCGGCACCCUAUUUUAUAUGUUGUUUUCUUCAUUGGAGAGAGUAUGCAACAUUUUGUGAGGAGGUGCGAAGUUCAUAUCAUGUACUAUUUUGUAAAAUGUAAAACCUUUUUUCAAUAUUUUCAGAUUGUUUUUUAAGCAUGCUAGUUAAUAAGAGAAGGAAUGGGAAACAUUUCCAACCGCAAUCAUCAGUAACUGUAUGAAUUGAUUGUCAUCCUGUCUUUAUAUUUUUUUCCUUUUCUUUCCUGACUUUUCACCUUUCACCUUUCACCUUUCACCGUAGCAAUAAAAGGUAGAAGCAUUUCUCUAAACAACACAGA